AUGGGAGCGUGCAAGCCUCGUGGUAUGCGCACGGCGCGCAAACUGCGCAAUCGCAGGCGCGUCCAGAAAUGGGCGGACAAGCAGUACAAGAAGGCGCACCUUGGCACUAGGUGGAAGGCCAAUCCCUUCGGAGGCAGCUCGCACGCUAAGGGCAUUGUUGUCGAGAAGCUUGGCAUUGAAGCGAAGCAGCCCAACUCCGCCAUUCGAAAGUGCGUGCGCGUCCAACUCAUCAAGAAUGGCAAGAGGAUUACGGCUUUCGUGCCGGGCGACGGUUGCCUGAACUACGUUGAUGAAAAUGACGAAGUUUUGGUCGCUGGGUUCGGGCGUUCUGGCCACGCCGUUGGUGAUAUUCCCGGUGUCCGUUUCAAGAUUGUGAAGGUUUCUGGAGUGUCUUUGAUUGCUCUUUUCAAGGAAAAGAAGGAAAAGCCGAGGUCAUAA